AUAAUCAAGCUCAAGAAAGAUGAGCUUCAUAUAUGGACUGCAGUCUGCUACUAGAAACUGUUUUCUUUCCCAGUUUAAUUCACUGACCAACUGGAGAAAAUGGAAUUCACCAGCAGUAACUUUAGUGGGCUGUUGUCAAGUACAAAAUCUCCAAAUGAUAAAGAAGUGUCAGGGUCUUAAAUCAUUCAGUCAGUGUGAGCUGUCAACUUUUCUCCCUGGAAACUUUCAUUUCUGUAGGACUUUCAGUAACAAAAGAAUAGGAUACAUCUCAAGUGCCAAAAGUAAGGAAAUUUGGAUGGUUACUCACAAAGGUACUGCAUGGAAUGACUCUUUUCCAAGAUGGGAGCUUAAAAGAUGGGUGCUUACCAAAAAAGUUGCAGUUGAUCCUGCUCUUGGAGCCUUGUGUCCGCUGAGCUGUUCCUCUGUCAGGGUUGGCAGGAGCUUCCACACUUCUUCACGGGUUCAAACUGCUCCAGUUCCUCUCUUCUUGAUCAUUCUGAAACCAGUGCAGAAGCUACUUGCAAUUAUUGUGGGCAGGGGCAUAAGGAAAUGGUGGCAGGCACUUCCUCCUAACAAGAAGGAACUAUUUAAAGAGAGUGUCAGGAGGAAUAAAUGGAAGUUAUUCCUUGGUUUCACUGGCUUUGGACUGCUAUUUGUAGUGUUUUAUUUUACUCACCUGGAAGUGAGCCCAAUCACAGGAAGAAGCAAGCUAUUAUUAUUGGGGAAAGAGCAUUUCAAACUUCUGUCAGAACUGGAAUAUGAAGCAUGGAUGGAAGAAUUUAAGAAUGAUAUGCUAACUGAGAAAGACCCUCGAUAUCUGACUGUUAAAGAAGUGGUAUAUCAUCUAAUUGAAUGUAAUAAAGAUAUCCCAGGAAUCUCUGAGCUCAAUUGGGUUAUUCAUGUUGUUGAUUCUCCAGAUAUAAAUGCCUUUGUACUUCCAAAUGGACAAGUUUUUAUUUUCACUGGGCUCUUAAAUAGUGUAACUGAUACGCAUCAACUUUCCUUCCUUCUGGGUCAUGAAAUAGCACAUGCAGUACUUGGGCAUGCUGCGGAAAAGGCUAGCUUGGUUCAUUUACUGGAUUUCCUUGGUAUGAUUUUUCUCACAAUGAUUUGGGCCAUUUGUCCACGAGAUAGUUUGGCAAUUUUGGGCCAGUGGAUACAGUCUAAACUGCAGGAGUAUAUGUUUGAUAGACCGUACAGUAGAGCACUGGAAGCUGAAGCUGAUCAAAUUGGACUACAGUUUGCUGCAAAGGCUUGUGUGGAUGUAAGAGCCAGUUCAGUGUUUUGGCAGCAGAUGGAGUUUGCAGAUAGCCUCCAAGGUCAUCCCAAGUUACCGGAAUGGUUAUCUACACAUCCUUCUCAUGAAAACCGAGCUGAACAAUUGGAUAGGCUCAUACCACAGGUAUAGACUUUCUCAUCAUACACAAAACUCAACUCAAAGUGGAUCAAGAACCUAGGAAUUAAACCAGAGACAUUGCAUCUAUUAGAAGAAAAAGUAGGCCCAAUGUUGGAUUAGGCCCCAGCUUUCUUAAUAAGACUCCUAUAGCAUAAGAAUUAAUAUCAAGGAUCAAUAAAUGGGAUGGAUUCAAACAAAAAAACUGUUUCUCAGCAAAAAUCAGUGAGGUGAAUAGAGAGCUACAAAUUGGGAACAAAUUCUUACCACACAUAUAUCAUUAGAGCACUAAUUUCUAGAAUAUAUAAAGAACUUAAAAAUCUUAACCAACACCAAAAACAAACAAACAAAAAAACAAAACAAACAAAAAACAACCCAAAUAGCCCAAUCAAUAAAUGGGCUAAGGAACUUAACAGACACUUCUCAGAAGAUGAUAUACAAUCAGUCAACUAAUAUAUGAAAAAAAUGUUCAACAUCUCUAGCAAUUGGAGAAAUGCAAAUCAAAACUACUCUAAGAUUUCAUCUCAUUCCAGUCAUAAUGGCAGCUAUUAAGAAUAUAAACAAUAAGUGUUGGCGAGAACGUGGGGAAAAAGGUAUACUCGUACAUUGUUGGUGGGACUGCAAAUUGGUACACCCAACAUGGAAAGCAGUAUGGAGAAUCCUUGGAAAACUGGGAAUGGAACCACCAUUUGACCCAGCUAUCCUACUCCUCAAUCUAUACCCAAAGGGCUUAAAAACAGCAUACUACAGGGACACAGCCACAUCAAUGUUUAUAGCAGCUCAAUUCACAUUAGCUAAACUAUGGUCUGCUUCCCAACUCAUACAUGACUGUCUUCUAUUGGUAAUCUCACACUGUGGAAGAAGCAAGGGAAUUCUCUGGAAUAUCUUAUAAGGAUACUAAUCCCAUUCAAGAGGGCUUCAUUCUCAUGACUUACUUACUUCUCAAAGGCCUCAACCCCUAGCACCAUUUUGGAAUUUCAACAUACGAAUUUUUAGGGACAUGAUUAUUUAUGAUAUUUGGUUAUUUACUCUAACCAAAUUCCAUUUAUAUUCUUAAUUUAAAGAAAAGUUAUUUGAGAAAUUCCAGUAAAAUGUACCAGGUAUAAUGUAUGGUAAUCAUUUAUCAUAAAAGGGCAAUGUAGACCUAGUCUCAUCAGUUACUGAUAAUACUGAGGUUCAUUGACUGUAAGAGACUCUUCAGUGCUACAAGAUCUAGGGACCUGUGGUUCCUUAGGCAUCCUGUCUCUAAAACCAUAAUAAACUAAGAUUUCUUUUGGAAAUUCCCUUUUUAUUUACAUCCAGUGAAAUUCUUAAAAAAAAAUGUGGUUUAUUUAAACGGACAAAUGUACUAGCCAACUUUGAUUAGAAGCCUUUCCUAAAUUCUGAGUUGUCAUUUCAUCAGAUUACUGAGGAUCUUCAGAGAGGUUAAAAAAAAAAAAUGUGCUUUAAUUUUUUUUAAAGUAAUGAGUUGAUUCUUAAGUGUGGGAAAAAAUGGUUGGAGAAACUAAUAUUAUUUUGAAGCCAAUGAUGAAGAAAAACAUGGGAGGUAUUUUUCUUCUAAAAAUAAACUAUCCCAGUUCAGAAACUUAAUUUGAAAACCUCAGAUACAUUUCUUAUAUUUCCCCCCCAAGUGAUUAAAUUCAAUUUGAAAGCAAUAAAACUCUAUUGCAAUAUUGGGAAUAAUUCAGUGGUUGAAAAGAAACUGAUAGUUAGUAUACGGGUAUAUUGUUAAUUAGAAUACAAAGUCAUAACUCAAAGAUUCUAAUUCUCUACUAUCAUAGGUCUAAUUUUUAUAAUGAAAAAAAGCAAUUCUUCAGGCAGUGUGUGGAAUUAUGUGAGUCUAUACACUACUAAAGACAGUAUUUUAAAUUCCUAUUUCAUUUAGGAUUUUUUUUUCCUACUCAAAUGAGUACAAUAUUAUAUUUUACCUUAGCCUCCUGUCCUUGGAUGUUGCUGAUGUUAUGGCUAGUGAUACAUGUCUCAAAGGUAGUUGGGACAUUGCAUAGACAUGUCUAGGCCGGAGGCAAUGGCUUCAAUGUCACUCAAAAGAGGUGAUAGUUGAAGCAGUGAGAGUGGAUGAGUUCACCAAGGAACUGAUAAAGACCAAGAUCUAGAACAGAGUAGCACCAGGAGUAGUUAUUUUCUGUAUUUAAUUGGUCGGAAGAAGACAGAGCCUGUUGUGGGUCAGAUUCAUAGGAGGAGAACCAAGAAAGCAAGAUUUUGUGGUUCUAUGAUGAGAAUACAAAUUUUGGUAAUUUUUAUUUUAUUCAUUUAAAUUACUGACAGUUUAAAAUUUUUCUUUUUGGAUUCCUUGAAUAUCAUUACAAAUAUGUAUUAUUUGUUACAAUAGUAUGUAUUUAUAUAUUUAAGAUGUGAAUUUGUUUUAUAUAUUUAGCAAAUAUUUAUUGAUCACCUAUUAUGCACUGUGUUGUAGGUGUUUUAGGUCAUGUAAACUAGACAGAAAUCUACACCUUCAUAAAGCUUAUUAUACAAAGGGGAGACAGACAAUAAAUAGGGGAGGUAGGGUCUCUCUGGUGUCUCUUUUUGAGAAGAACACUAAUUCUGUUGGAUCAGUUCACCCUAAAUUUAAUUUAACCUUAACAUACCUCCUGUAGGCCCUAUCACCAAAUAUGUACACACUGAGGGUUAGAUAUGAGUCUUGGGGGGAAACACUUCAUUCUUUAGCAGACAGACAGUGUGUGAGCAGAGAUAGGAUGGGGUGCUGGAAUAGCCCUUUAAAACGGGGUUAGAGAAGGUGCCCCUAUGAGGACUCUGGUUUCUUCUCAGAGAUGGGUUGCUCGUAAAGAGUUUUGAACAGAGAAUUGGAGGAGUGACAAGUUCUAGCAGAUGCUUGGAAGAAUGUGAUUUACAGCUUCCACAGAGCAGUACAAUUUUCAUAUAAUUUUGGAGUACUUUAGCAUAAUAUAUUGUUCAGAAAAUAAAAUAGUUCCUUUCCUGUUUUGUUCAAAAAUUGAGAUAAUGCUUCCAAAUAAGAAAAAAAUCCUUGCUACUUUUUAAUGUAAAUUCUGAGAUAAAACAUGUAUAAAUGUGUAUUUAAAUAUAAUCCUGUGAUCCACUAGCAUUUAAAAAGGAUAAAUAUGGGUUUGUAGUAAUAAUAUUAUUUGUGGUUAAUAAGCUGAUAAGCUAUAAUUUUAUUUACUUGAAAUAAUCAGUUAAAUUUAGGAAACAUAUCCCACAUAUUUUGGUUACCAUAACAACUUGGGUGAAAAAUUGAAGAACAGAUGUUGUAUCAACCUGUUGAUGUUUAAUAGUGUGACAGUUUUAAAAUUAUAGUUAUACUGUUCAGACUUUAAAUUCAUGUACAUCAUAAUUUGUCCUUGAAAGAGAUACCCGUUUUUUCAAUAAGAAUUUUUAUAAAAUAUGAGUGGACAUAAAUAAGUUAAAUUUACUUAAAUAUUUAUUUUAAAACCAAACAUUUAAUAGAUAUUUUUGUUCUCUACGUCUUUAUUUUUUGUUCUUUUUUGUUAUUCUCUAUUUCUUAUACUUUCCUUCCCCCUCUUUCCCUCCUAUUCCUUCUUUGGGAGGUACAGGGAAUGGAGGAUGAUAAAAUGUGUAGGAGAAGCAUUUGAGGAUUAUUUGAUUAUAUAUUGAUUAUUAUAUUAUAUAUUGAUUAUAUAUUGAUUAUUAUUUGAGGAUUAUUAAUUAUAUUUUAUUAUAAUUAAUGUCAUAAUCAUAAUUUGAAUAAGGUUUAUUUUUAAACAUUUUUAGAGCUUUCAAUGCCAGCUUUAUUUGUUAACUGUUUUUAAAAUCUUGAUAUUCAUGUUCAAUUUUUAGGUAUCAAAAUCACUCAGUAGCAGACUGUAAAUGCAUUCAUUUUAAUCUCAUUUUAUUUUGAAUCCUUUAAACUUUCAGGAAGCUAGGGGUUUGAACUCAUGCGUAAAUCAUUCUUAUGCCUUUAUAAUUGCACAAAGUAAAUGAAUAAAUCAUUACUAUUAUACAUCUCAUGAGCAGAAAAUAUAAGAGUGUUUAAAGUGAAAUGUCAUUGUUGGCCAAUGUACACAAACAUACACUGCUCACCUUACAGAAUUUCAUUUUGUCUGACAUGGAGAGUGUGGAGGAAAAGGCAAAUAUCAUAGCAGCAACUGUAAUUGAAUUGGCCUCUGAAUCAUAUAAAGCCAGGAGGCCUGACAGUAACAUUGUCUAAAACCUUAAAAAGAAAAAAAACCAUUAUAUUAUACGUGAUGUGUAUCUGCUUGAGGUUGAAAUGAAUGGGCUAUUAGGAAAAAUUGCUUGUGGGUAAGGGAGGGACAGUAAUGAUAUUUUUAGAAAAACAUGUUAAAAAUUGGAGGUGAUUUUUUUUUUCCCUCCUUGAUGUGUCUUGCCUUCUGUUUUCAAAGGACACUUUUAAUCCAAUAAUGAGGUCUCUCUGGCAUUAUUUUCCCUCCUUUUUUCCUAUUAAACUCAAUUAUUAUUGUUUAUAUUCGAAGAAUUAGUAAUUGUUUUACUUGAUGUAAAGUAGAAUAAUUCUGAUGUGUAUCAGUUGUUUCAUGAAUACUUUAGUUACUGGGAAUAAAUACAGUGAGUGCCAUUCCUAAAAUAAAUAAAUGGGUUUAUUAUGUACUUUAACCCUUAAAAAUUGUAUAUAUUUAUGGGGUAUGACAUGUUUUGAUAUUUGUUCAUGUUGUGGAAUGAUUAGAUCAAGCUAAUUAAUGAAUCCCUCCCCCAAGCUUAUUUUUUUUGUGAGGGGUGGCAACAUUUAAAAUCUAUACCUUUAACAGUUUUCAAAUAUAUAUUAUAUAUUUUAUAGUAUAGCAUAUUUUUGUUAAAUAUGAUCAUAAUGAUGUACAAUAGCUCUCUAAACUUAUUCCUUCUACCUGAAACUUUGUGCCCUUUGACCAGUAUCUCCCCAUGCCCAUCUCUUUCCCAUAGUCCCUGAGAGCUACCAUUCUUUCAAAUUCUUUGAGUUUAACAUUUUAAGAUUUCACAUAUAAGAUAGAUCAUAUAAUAUUUUUUUUCUGCACCUGGCUUAUUUCACUUACCAUAAUGUCCUUGAGAUAUAUCCAUGUUGUUACAAAUGACAGGAUUUAUCAUUCGCCUUUGUUAAGAGUGGUUGAUUAUAAAAUGUUUUUGUUUGAAAACCUUUCCUGAUUAUUUUUUCAUUAUAGAGGACAAUCGAUAGGUUAAGUGGCCUGAAUUUUUACUUUUUAAAAUUUACUUUAAAUAUUCUUAUUCAUGGUUAUUUACUUUAAAUCACUUCAAAAACUGGUCAGACUACAAUUUCCAUUGCAGAUUAUGAAAAGAGUUGAAGUAUAAAUUUUUCAAAAGAUGAAAUCAUUACUCAUUCAAAUAUAAAAUGAAUACAUGUGUGAAGUUUUACUUAAUGUUUGUUAAUUAAUGUGGGAAACUAAUUGUUACAACUAGUGCAAAGGACAACUCAAGAACCAUAGUGUGAGCCAAGAAAUCAUAAAUGAGGUUAAGGGAAAAAGCAUAGACAGUUUUAUUCAGGUACAUAAUAGAUUGCAAAUUAGGAACGCAGGCUCAGACCACACCAGCAUUCCACAGCAGGAAAGUGGACUUCAGCUUUUAUCAAGUCCAGCAAUUGGGAACUAAUGCAAAGAAGGGUGGUCGUAAGUUUUGUAGGUCCAUCAGAAUGUCCAGGUCAAGGCAAAACGGGGUUACUCUGGUAUUUCUUGAACAUUACAUGAUAUUGUUAGAUUCUAGAAAAUGGUUCCCUUUGACAGACUCAGUUCCUGCAUGAUAUAUGUGUGGUAAUCUUGCUCCUGUCAGUAGAUCUCUAAGGCUCAGGAAAUAAUUUUUGCUUUUGCUUUUUCUUUUGUUUUUUUUUUCUCAUGUUUUACAUUCUGCAGCCAUAUUAACUUUUAUUUCAUUAAGAGUUAUAUAGGCAGUAAGGAAUACAAAUAGAUGCAAAACUCCAUUUAUAGAGCAGUAAUCAGAUUCAUCCUAUGAGACAUAGUUCAUUUCCAUUUCCCAUUUCCAUAGACAAGUAUCAUUUUCAUUAUUAUUAAUUUUCUAUGACUUACAGAGUUGUGAAAUAGCUCAAAGACCAUGACAGGUACAGAUAACCUAGAAGGGCACACUUAAUAGACCACCUAAUGAUAUUUUUUGCCCAUUUCAAAGUCUUUUAUAAUUCUUUGUUUUUAUUUUCUAUUGACAUUCUUUCUCCUUUCAAGAAAAAAGAUACCUAAUCAAAUAUCCUAUCAGACUAAUAUAUAAGCAUGUCUUGUUUUAUUAUUUUGAAGUCAUGCAGGUAUUAUCCUUACCAUAUUUUUGUUCUGUCUCUUAAAAGUAACAACCCACUGUUGUCAUUACUUUUUGUCAGAUCUAUUGGAUUGCAGUUCUUUUUUAUUUUAUUUAUUUAUUUUAAAUUAAUUUUUAAAUUUACAUAUGACAGUGGAAUGCAUUACAAUUCUUAUUACACAUAUAGAGCACAACUUUUCAUAUCUCUGGUUGUAUAAAAAGUAUAUUCACACCAAUUCAUGUCUUCAAACAAGUACUGUGGAUAAUAAUGUCCAUCACAUUCCACCAUCAUUUCUAACCCCAUGCCUCCUCCUCCCUUCCCCUUCCAACCCUCAGCCCUGUCUAGAGUUUGUCUAUUCCUCCCAUGCUCCCUCUCCCUAUCCCACUAUGAAUCAGCCUCCUUAUAACAGAGAAAACAUUCGGCUUUUGUUUUUUUUGGGAUUGGCUAACUUCACUUAGCAUUAUCUUCUCUAACUCCAUCCAUUUACCUGCAAAUGCCAUGAUUUUAUUCUUUUUUAUUGCUGAGUAAUAUUCCAUUGUGUAUAUAUGCCACUUUUUUAUAUAUAUAUUCAUCUAUCAGCUUCCUUAAUAAGACUACUUUGGCACAAGAAUUAAAACCAAGAAUCAAUAAAUGGGAUGAAAUAAAACUAAAAAGUUUCUUAGCAAAAGAAACAAUCUAUGAGGUGAAUAGAGAGCCUAUAUCUUUGGAGUAAAUCUUUACCCCUCACACAUCAGAUAGAGCACUAAUCUCUAGGAUAUAUAAAGAACUCAAAAAGCUAAGCACCAAAAAAACCCCACAAAUAACCCAAUCAAUAAAUGGGCCAAGGACCUGAACAGACACUUCUCAGAAGAUGAUAUACAAACAAUAUAUGAAAAAAUGUUCGUCAUCGCUAGCAAUUAGAGAAGAGCAAGUCAAAACUACUCUAAGAUUUCAUUUUACUCUAGUCAGAAUGGCAGCUAUUAAGAACACAAACAACAGUAAGUGUUGGCGAGGAUGUGGGGAAAAGGCACACUCAUACAUUGCUGGUGGGACUGCAAAAUAGUGCAGCCAAUAUGGAAAGCGGUAUGGGGAUUUCUUGGAAAAUUGUAAAUGGAAACACCAUUUGACCCAGCUAUCCGUCUCCUCAUUCUAUACCCAAAGGACUUAAAAUCAUGGCAUUUGCAGGUAAAUGGAUGGAGUUAGAGAAGAUAAUGCUAAGUGAAGUUAGCAUAUUACAUGGAUUGAAGUUCUUAAUGUUAAAUUCCUUAGGUAUUUUGAAAAGUAUAUAUAUGCUUGCUUUCAGAAAUUAAGGGAUGGAGUUGGAAGUAGAGGUAAUAGUAAAAGGAUUGGUUUCAUUUUCCAGGAGGAACAUUUAAAACUUUCAUGAGCCAUUUAAAACUAAAAACACCACUGUAAAAUCAAGAGUGAAGUUGCAUAAAGGCAAAAGUGAUAGAAGAGAAGUGAGGACAGAGAAGGAAAAGUACUUUAAAAUGUAUGUUUUAGUUUUAAAUUUUAAAAACCCAUGUAAAAGUAGAGAAUGACUUGAAUAAUUAAUGAAACUCAAUUUCACUCAUCUGACAGUAUCAGUCCUUUUAUGCAUUUGCUCAUCUGUCCUUUUCUGCCCCUCCCCCAGAUGUAUUUCAGUGUAAAUAGCGGACAUCAGGGUAUUUUAUCCCUAAUUAUCUGGGAGGAACAAAUAACUCUUUACCCUUCAUAGUUCUUCCUUAGGACAAGUUUCCUGUAACAAAGGGCAGAUUAACAAGAGAGGAACAGAUGCAAGUUUAUUAACAUGUAAACUUCAUGUACACAUAAGUGAUACCAGGGAAAGAGGAUUUUGAAUUCAGGCUUAAAUAACAUCUUCAGCUGAAACACAGAGAGCAUAAUGAGGGCCUUGCUAUGGGGAGAUGGACAGAAAAGUAUGGUAAGCAAGUGUGGUAAGGUGUGUUGUGCAGGUUUAAGUCAGUAUCUUUCCAUUGUUUAGAGUCUCUAGUGAUUUACAGAGUAAUCUUUCUUUUCCUGGUACAGAGAAAGACAUUUUCUUUAUAGAUGUAAAUUUCUCUAUCAAAAGGGUAACUUCUGCCAUUUUCAGAGCUUCUUCUGUGUGUGUUGUUUCUUAAAAUAAGUUCAAAAUAAUUAUUGUGCUAAAGAGAUAUUUGGGAUGUCAUUUUCUGGACUGAUAGUCAUAUUUUGGGAUGAUAUGUCCGGAACUUCAUUUCAGGGGAACAAAAUGUUUUCCUUCUACACUUCUGUUUUUUUUUUUUUUUUUUGGCUACCCUAGUUAUUAAAUUCAUGUAAAACAGUUUAGUAGGAGAAAAACCAUAUUUAAUUAUAUACAUAUGCACAGGAGUCCCACAACAAUAUGAAAUUCAAAGAAGAGUCAGAUCAUUAGAGC